AUGUCUGACCCUACUUCCAAACCCUCAAUUCCGAAAUGGCAACAGCAGGAUUCCGGUUCUUCGCCGUCUACCUCCGAUGAGAAGAAUGCCGAUUACGGCGAUCGUUCAACACUGCUAGAACAAGCCUCCAGCUUCCUACAAGACGACUCAAUCCGGGACGCUCCAACAGAUCGCAAGAUUGCCUUCUUGGAGUCGAAAGGUCUCACAGAUACCGAGAUUGAUGGUCUACUGGGCGUAUCGCGGAACGCUGAAGCGAGCAGCGGCAGCGGCAGCGGCGGCGACAACUCAGUCGAGGAGAGAAAGAGCACGUCCGCGCCGAGUACAGAGACGUUCAAUCCAGCUGUCUCAAAACCGACGCCACCAACCCCAUCCUCAAACUCGAGACCAGUCAACCUGACGCCCCGCGACGUCCCCCCUAUCAUCACCUACCCCGAGUUUCUCCUUCACCAGUCCAAACCUCCGCCUCUCGUCACUCUCCGCAGCGUCCUCUAUACCCUUUACACCGCUGCGGGUCUCGGUGCUACUCUAUAUGGUGCAGGUGAAUACCUGGUAAAACCAAUGCUCGCAGCCCUCACGGACGCGCGCCAUGACCUCGCCCAGACAACUGAGGAGAACCUCAAGAAACUCAAUGAGAAAUUGGAACUUAACGUCUCCCAGCUACCACCUAGCCUGAUUACGAAAUCCACUGCGUCAGUCGGCGAUGCCACUGAAGAGGACAUUGAAUCCAUAACGUCCGAUCCCACUGAGCUCUUCCAUCGCGACAUUGGCACCCAAACAUCCCAAGACCUUAUUCAAACCUCUUCUGCCACAUCCACAUCCGCUACAAUAGAAUCUACAUCCAAUGACCCUACAACGGUUGUGACAACGCACCAGAAACGCCUCGAAACGAUCGGCUCCCACCUCCGAGAGCUCGAAGACGCCCAGUCCCAGUCCAGCACCCUACAUGACACAACCCGCAGCCGUAUCAACGACCUCCAGCAUUACCUUGACAGGCUUAUGUACUCCAAAAACUCAUACUCCUACUCCUCGACGAUGGGAUAUGGCAGCUACAGUACUCCUGGACUUGACUCAGGCGGUGGUGCUGCAUUGGGUGUUGGGAAAGCCGAGGAAGAUGCCAUCUCAAAUUUUAGGGCUGAGAUUCGUGGUGUCAAGGGGGCUCUGCUUAGUGCAAGGAACUUUCCUUCGGGCAGGAGCGUGGGUUUGAGGUCUUCGUUUGUGAGAUGA